AAUCAGAUGCGGAUUCAGAUACCGGCUGGCGUUGUCAGACAUCGGCCCGUGCUCAACAAAAAUAGAUGGGCAUACAUUUGGGCUUGUGUCCGCUGCGGUGAGCAGCGAUGGCUGGUGGCCAAUUGAAUCGAGGCAGAUCGCAAAUCUCAGACCAAGAACAAUGCGCAUUCUUCAUUGUUCGUUGAAUUGAGUAACGCGCUCUAGCUAAUUUUGCACUAGAAAUAUCGUCCACCAAGAAAAAAUAUGAACCAGUCGGGGGUCCACAAAAAGAAGCCAAGGAUUCGGAAUCGCCAGAGGAACAAAAUCAACCAGUUGCAACAAGACCAAGAGGAAAAUUCUACCAAAUGUGAUGUAGUUCAGGCGGAAAUCGCUCCCAAAAGCGGUGUUGCUGAAGUAAUCCUUCAAACCGGUUUAUCGGAGUCUAAUAGUCCUCCAAAAAGUGAAAAUUCCCAGGGAGAAAAUCCUCAAGAAAACGAUACCAUUAGGCUAAUACAGCUACUGUUGCGUAGGAAAUUAUUGGCCAAAAACAAUGCAGCCCCAACGGGUGAAGCAACCGCGGUUAAUAUUCAAGCCAAAAUAGUAAACCAACCGAAGGAAAUAAAACCCGAGGAAAGGAAACCAAAGGUUCUCAGUGCUCCGGAAAUUCGAAAAAUCCCAUUAGAAUCCAAGACACCCGGAAAACAAUUAAAGGAUGUGAAAGCCGAUGAAAUGAAUGAGCUGCUCAAAUGUUUGGGUAGCAAACUGCAAAAGGGAGGUGGAGAAUCCCCGGCAGCGGCACUGUUCAGCAAUCUCGGAAAGCUUUUCAGCCAAGCACCGCCCAGCGAUGUUGAAUCCUCGGAUGACGAGGCGGAGGAGUAUGUGGAGUACAUCUACAAGCCUAGGCAAUAUUUUAUGGCCUCAUUGUGCAACUUCUGCAAAGCUGACUUGUGCGGCCAGAAUCGGAUACCCUGUUCCCGAUGCGGACUGAGCUACUACUGCAGUGGCGGCCACAUGAAAGACGACCAGGAGCACCGCCAGCUGUGCUACGCCCUGCGCCAAACGGUGGACCGCAACGGUCACGAGAUGUUCUACAAGUGCGGCGACUUCAGCGGUGAGCAGUUCCGCUCCUACCGGAUCGUGUGCAUCCGCCAGGUGGAGAAGGAGAUGAACCGCCCGCUCUCGGCAACGGAACGGGAGCUGCUCCUGUUCCCAAUGAUCUGCAGUGAGCCCAAGUGCCGGGAGCACCAAUUCAAGCGACUGGCCAUCUGCGGCGGAUGCGGCGAAUAUGCCUUCUGCAAGGACAAACCGGGCCAUCGCAGCAAGGAACAUGCCAAGUGGUGUGGAGCCUUUCAGCUGUUCAAGGCCUUCAUCAUGUUUCAGGCCAACUUCGGAAGGAUGGAGCCAUCGCUGCCCAACAAGGUUCUCAGGGAACUGCCCAUGGCUUGCUCUAGCACCAAACACAUAAUGAAGAAGCUUAAUUUUAAUGUUACUAAUGAGUGCGAAUAUGCAGCGCUAACUCAGGUCUCUACAGGACCUCUAACUGCCUGGUUCGCCUUGAAGCUCUGUGAGCGAAUAAGAAACUGCGAGGAGCUGACUCUUCAUUUAAUUGGAGCCGAGAUCGAAUUCGAGGUGGACAUGUUACAGAAGUGGGAACUCUUCCUUCUCCACAUAAUGCCAACGGUGAAAAUUCUUAAUGUGGUUUUCAUUGGGCCCGAACUCAAUCCCAAUAAUAUAUCCUUUGAGCAGCUAAGAAAAUCAAGUGAGGCCAGAGAAAUGUUAAUAGCAUGCUGUCGUUUGUGCCGGAAAGCGCAGAGGACUGUAAACUAUCACUUUGAGAAUGGCUUGUACCACGAUUACUGCAAGGAACCGCAUUUUCUUCAACCGAAUUUGGUUUGCUUUUUCAACUCUGGUCUUUACCGAUCGACUGGAUUCGCCCAUGAGGAUACUUGGCCAGACACCAUACAAGCGGCACUUAAUAUCAAAUGCCCUAUAGUAGUUACCUCAUACACAAAGUAUGAGGCUCCUUUGGACAUGGUGCACUUUAUCAACCAAUCUAAUCGUCAUUUAAAUGUCGUACUACCACCGACUACAAAUCCGUUUUCUUCGGAGAAGCCUGAACGUAAUUUUAUAUCAGACGAUGAAACUCCUUUUAUGUUUAAGAACUUUUAUUGUUUUGUUGUUGAGUGAGUGGUUGAAUAGGAUAAUAGACCUGUUAUGCACA